CGAAAGAAGGAAUCGAGGACCUGUACGGGUCCUUAACGUUCAGGACGGUGCAUGUCUCGGACCCCGUUUCUCAGCUUUUCCUCCGGCAACGUUUCGUCUACGUUCCUGAGCUGGAGGCGUGCGGCCGACUUCUGUGCUGCGUGCAGAGGCUCUGCAGAAGCGGAAGUGCAACCGACGAGCCCGCUGAGCAUCGGAUCAACGCUCGCGGUCGACGAGGAGCACAAGCGGAGCCUGAACUGGUGGAGGGUCAGGGUCCCUCGGGUCCAGAGGAUGGAAUGCUCGCUAUGCCCGUCAGCCCGAGUCCCGCAUCCACCUCGUCGCAGGAGGACGCUUGCAAACCGCCGCCGCGCAACUGCUAUCGUCUCGUUAUGCUCGGCAGUGCCCGGGUUGGAAAGACCGCCAUUGUAGCACGAUUUCUGUUCAAUAAAUUCGAGGAGAGUUAUACGCCGACGAUAGAAGAUUUUCACAGGAAACUCUACAGGAUCAGAGGCGAGGUUCAUCAGCUUGAUCUUCUAGAUACAAGCGGAAACCAUCCGUUUCCGGCGAUGCGACGAUUGUCUUUCCUGACGGGGGACCUCUUCGUCGUGGUGUUCAGCAUGGACUGUCGGGAGUCCUUCGAAGAAGCCAUCAGGCUGAGAGAGGCAAUUCUCGAGACUAAAGUGAGCGCGACCCAAAGUGCCACGAAGAGCAGAAGGGCUCACUAUAGUUUGAAGGUCCCUAUGGUCAUCGUGGGAAACAAAUGUGAUAAAGAUGUAAAAACGGUUACGGUGGAGGAGGCCGAGCAAUAUUGCGUGAGUCAAGACGAGUGCUGUAUCUUUGUGGAGGCUUCUGCGAAGCGAAACUAUCACGUGGACGAACUUUUUUAUCAAUUAUUCGUAGUGGCCGGUCUACCUCUUGAGAUGGCUCCGAAUCAUCAUAGAAAAGUACCGCUCACCUUUGGCUCGCCGACCAUGUUGCCGCCAUCGCAGCCACGACACAAAGCCACCCUCAGUAUAAAGCGUCGACUGAGCGACGCUUGCGGCGUCGUGGCGCCGAACGUGCGCCGUCCCAGCAUAAGGACGGACUUAAUGAUCAUGCGGACGAAGACGUGUUCGCUCGCGGCCGGGAACGAGAACAAUACGCCAGGAUCCAGGAUCACACUUAGAACAGGAAGAACGGAGUCCAGGAAGGCCUGCUCGAUACAGUGAUAUUGCAAACGAUUCUCACGCACG